AUGUCGUUCGAUGGUUCUUAUUCCGCAACAUUGAGUCCCUCAGUGUCCGAGAGUUUCGGAUCCCACGUUCUGUCGAAUUCGAUAUCGUCCUUAACAUCCUCAACAACAUCUCGUCCAUCAUCGAACAAUAUUUCUAAGACCUACCGACAGGCUUCGCAAUUAUUCUUAACGCGUCGACUUCCCGAAGCCUUGUCAACAGUCUUACCCUUGAUUACCCCAUCCACCGAAAGUUCCAACGUAAAUGGAUCGACUGAACCGGCACCCGUUGCUCGAGCUUCGAGAUCCACAAGGAUAAAGGUAUGGAGUCUUUAUCUGACGAUUCUUAAUGCGAUAUUGGAGCUGGAUGCCGACGAAGGAAAAGAUGCCUUUGGCACUCAGGAAUGGCGUACUAUAUGUAAGAAGGUUCGGGACAGCGAUGUCUGGGAAGAAGUAGUGCAGUUCGGAUAUCAUGGCGUCGAAGGGGAGGUAGAUUCCGAUGUCGUUAUAAAUCUGGCGACUCUUCUGCUUGCACAUGCGAAAUCACAGGCAGUCAACCAGAAGCGGCUGGAGAAUUACCUAGCCUCAUCAAGUACCCCAAACCUUGAUAUAUCUAAACAGCUUGAGGCAACUAGAUCUCCGCGAUUAGCAUCACGAAGUCGAAGAUCUCACUCUAAAAGCGGUGCUGCUACUCCUCGGGAUCUCAACGCUAGAGUUAAGAUUCUCGAACUGUACACUCUCCACGUCUUGUUACGUAAUAACGAAUGGGACUACGCCAGAGAGUUUAUUAGCUCUAGCGCAGUACUAGACGAAGAGCGGAGGGAUGCUUUCUUACAGGCUCUUCAAAGCUUACAGGAAGAGCAACAGGAAUCAGAACGGAAAGAACGCGAAGAGAAGCAAAAGCAGGAGGAACAACUGCAAAAGGAUAUCGAAGAGGCUAGGAGAUUGAGAGCGGAGAAUGAAGCAAGAGAACGACGUCGAAUAAACGAAGAAAGAGCCAAACGAGAAGGUACUGAGGUCGACUAUGGCAUCGAAAACACACCAAGUACUUCGGGGGUGAGGAAUAAGGCUCGGAGCGGUUCUAAUGGCUCUGUAUUAUCAAGGUCAUCCAAAUCAUCCAAGCCAUCCGCCCCCAAGGAGAAGAAGGUUGUAGCGCGCCCAGGUCUCGGUGCUCGAGCUAUAAUGAUUCUAUCAAAUCUUCGUAACAUCAUCGAGCAGAUGAGCGCUACAUUUAGAGCAAACCCGGUAUUGCUUAUGAGGCUGUUAGCCUUUGUCAUUGGUGUAAUUGUUAUGUUUGGUAGGAAAGGUGUUCGCGAGCGGGUUCGGCAGAUUCUUGGUACGGGCUGGAAUAAGGUGAGAUCAACCGCUGGUAUGGGUGUUAAGUCGCGUACAUUCGAAGCAGUAAAACGCGUCCGAUAUGCCCUCGCCGCCGCACACGACACACUUGUUCUGGUAGUUACCGAAACUACAUUCGUCACAGAUACGCACGAGAGUGGUUGGGCGCACGUAGGAAUCGCAUACGGGACAUUUGCCGUCGCACUUGUCGCAGAGGCGGCCGAUGGCGAUGCCGGAUUGCUUACGGCACAUAACGAGAUCUCUGGGGGAUGGGACAAGGACCAGCGUAGUUCGAAUAAGCGCAAAGCUUUGUCGCCUUCACCAAGCGAAGACAAAUCUAGCCAGUCGCCGAAAAGAUCUAGAAUUGGUGAUGGCUCGAGGGAAGACAGUACUGUCAAGCCGCUGCCCACACCAAAGGAGCCCUCUACAGACCGCCGCGAAAGCGCGCUGCAGGAGGAAAGGAGACGCGGGAAGCGCUUAUUUGGUGGUUUGCUAAGCACACUAAGUCAAACCACUUCUAGCUCUCAGCAAAAGAGACGUCAAGAGAUUGAGCGACGACAGCAGACAAAAUUUCACCAGCAGAGGGCCGAAGACGAUAAGCACAGAGAAGAGAAGCUAGCAAAGCUAAGAACCGUACGGCAGUUGGAACAGCUCAAGUUUGACGAGCGAGUUAUGCAAAAUAAGCAUUCCAAUAUGCUAGCGACGGCACGUUUUUUAGAAACUAAAAGUACACCUAAGAUAUAUUAUCUGCCGUGGGACCCCACAGAAGAGCAGGAAGAUAUGAUUAAGGAUCAGACCCGAGAGGUUGAGGACAUCAUCGAUAAGGAGGUCCUCGAUUUUAAGCAACGCAAAGAACAGAAGUUGAAGGUACUGGGCGUCGCAGUUAGAUCCCCUACGCCCGAACCCAAGGACACAGUGGGUAAUAACCCUAAUGAUGAACGCCCUGCUGACCCUCCACAAUCUAACCCUACCAAUCGCCCGCCUUCCCACGCUGUCAACAUGACUGUCGAUGCAUUGGUCCCCAAUGACCCUCGGGUUGAACAUAAGUUCAAGUCCUUUGGAGAUAUCAAAUACCACUAUAUACUAGCUAAGCCACAGGGCAAGCCUGUUGCCACUGUUCUCCUCACUCAUGGCUGGCCAGACCUAGGUUUUGGAUGGCGGUACCAAGUCCCUUACCUACUAUCCCUGAACUUGCAGGUCAUUGUCCCGGAUAUGCUAGGAUUUGGGCAAACAUCUGCCCCUGAUGCCCCCGAGGAGUACACCCUUAAGAAAAUGACCGCUCAAGUUGCAGCCAUCGUUAAGGAUCAUACCGAUGAGCCUAUCAUCCUUGGUGGUCACGAUUGGGGCGCGGCUUUCGCUUGGCGCCUGGUUAAUUACUACCCGGAGCUAAUCCGCGGAGUCUUUAGCCUAUGCGUGCCUUACGGGCCGCCGUCGCCGGUCAAGUACUCGCUAGAAGACUUCGUCAAAAGGCUGCCGAAUUUCACAUACCAGCUACAACUAGCCAGCCCUGUCGCAGAAAACAUCGUCAACAAGUCGCCGGCGCACCUCCGGGGAUUUAUUAACGGUAUUUUCGGCGGCACGACGCCGGAAGGCGAACUUGCCUUUAAGGUCUCUAUAGGCGUCAUCGAGGAAAACCUAGAGAGGAUUGGGCCGUCCCCGCUGCUCAGUCCGGAGACCGUCGACUUCUACGUCCAGGAGUACUCGCGCCACGGCCUUCACGGCCCAUGCAACUGGUACCGUACCUUCGACAUCCGCGUCGAGGACGAUCAGGAGCUUGCGAAGAACAUCGACGGCAAGAUCAAGGUGCCGGCGAUGUUGGUCAUGGCCGAGAAAGACGCUGCGCUCCCGCCGCAGAUGGCGCAGGGCCAGGAAAAGCACUUCGAGGCGGGACUGAGGCAGGAACUUGUUCCCGGCUCGGGCCACUGGGUCCAGGUCCAGUGCCCUGAGGUGGUUAACAAGUACAUCGGGGAGUUCAUCAAGAGCGUGCUGGGGGACGAACUUAAGGCCUCGCUGUAA